AUGGCGCCAGUUAUGGAUCUCACAUUUUAUUUGGUCACAGACUCCACCAUGGUCCCAGACACCUCGACGUUCCUUGACCAGGUAAAGCUUGCCGCAGAGAACGGAGCUACAAUUAUCCAGCUCCGCGAAAAGAAACUUCUGACUCGUGACUUUGUUCAACGUGCACAGAAAGUGCUAGAGAUCACCAGGCCGCGGGGCAUUCCUCUAAUCAUUAACGAUAGGGUGGAUGUCGCAUUGGCAGUAGAUGCAGAUGGAGUUCAUGUGGGCCAGGAUGAUAUGCCAGCUGCAGUAGUGAGAGAGCUUAUCGGACCAAACAAGAUCUUGGGUGUUUCUUGUUGUAGCCCAGAAGAGACUCGGGCUGUGUGUGAAGAGGGGGUAGCUGAUUAUGUUGGACUUGGAACAUGUUAUCCUACCAAUACCAAGGACGUGAAGAGUGUUGUUGGUCCGAUUGGAAUCCGUAAAUCGCUUCAAGUCUUGAGAGACCACUCGCAAAACAAUAAACGCAUUGAAAGUGUUGCUAUUGGUGGCAUCAAUCACACCAACGUGGCCAAGGUGCUCCUACAAUGCAGCUUGGGAAACUUCAACGAGAAAUACGGUGUGGAUGGUGUGGCUGUCGUUUCAUGCAUAAUGGCUGCAAAGGAUGCUGCUGUUGCGUCUGUGAAUUUGUUGAAAGCUAUUCAAACAUCGUCUCCGUUGGAGGUAAAGACUUUGGACUCCGAGUAUAACUACUCAGAAUUCCCUCAGAAACCUAUGGUUCACCACAUCACGAAUAAUGUGGUCAAAAAUUUCAGUGCUAAUGUGACCCUCUCGAUCGGCGCCUCUCCUAUCAUGUCUGAAUUCGCUCCGGAAUUCGGCGAAUUGUCGGGCUUGCGCCUCCCCGUCAGUCUCCUAAUUAACUUAGGAACACCUUCUCCGGCAACUAUGGAGGUUUUCUUAGCUGGCUUAUCUGCAUACAAUGGCGCUGGAAAACCCACAUUAUUUGAUCCUGUAGCUGCUGGUGCUACCCUGCAGCGUUUGGAGGCUAGUAAGGCUCUUCUUAAUGCGGGCCAAUUCACCGUAAUCAAGGGCAAUGUUGGUGAGAUAAUGGCUCUUGAUAAACUUACAAGCGAAUAUAUUGCAUCUGAAAGCGCCGAACCUACAAUGCAGGGUGUGGAUUCUUUGGCUACACUUCUGGCAAGUGAUGUACUUGCCCUUGCGAAACGAGUGUCUGCUGAAUUUAAGAGCAUUGUUGUCAUUACAGGAAAGGAAAACUUUGUUGUCAAUGCAUUUGGCAGCAGCGAAGUAAACACAUAUAGAAUUGCUGGCGGCCAUGAACUCAUGGGUUCUGUGACGGGUACUGGUUGCUCUCUUGGAAGCGUCAUUUGUGCAUAUUUGGCCAUUGCCCAGAAUACUGGAAAGGAUAUGACUCUGGCUGUUGCUGCCGCUGUCAAAUACUACAAUGAGGCUGGUGCGAAGGCAGGAUUAUUGUCCAAGGGUCCCGGCACCUUCACAAAGAACUUCAUGGACGCCUUAUCCGGUGAGUUGUAG